AGGCCCGCAUAAAACCCUAAGCCCUAAAAGUCUUACUAUGUUGCACCCGCCCCUUUAAAAGCCAAAAACCCUAAUAAUUUGUCCCUCUUCACUCUCCUCAAGCAACUUUGACGCAGCUGCUAUUUCUUUUUUGUGGUUUUCAGCAGCAGCUUGUAUUUGGAAGAAUGGUGAGGGUGAGCGUUUUGAAUGAUGCACUCAAGAGCAUGUACAAUGCAGAGAAGAGGGGGAAACGACAGGUCAUGAUCCGACCGUCCUCGAAGGUGAUCAUUAAGUUCCUUUUGGUCAUGCAGAAACAUGGUUAUAUUGGGGAGUUUGAGUAUGUUGAUGAUCAUAGAUCUGGUAAAAUUGUGGUUGAAUUGAAUGGGAGGCUGAACAAGUGUGGGGUGAUCAGUCCUCGUUUUGAUGUCGGAGUUAAGGAGAUUGAGGGUUGGACUGCUCGGUUGCUUCCUUCAAGACAGUUUGGUUAUAUUGUGCUCACAACAUCAGCUGGAAUUAUGGACCAUGAAGAAGCCAGAAGAAAGAAUGUUGGUGGGAAAGUACUUGGCUUCUUCUACUGAGAAAUUUGCCUUUUUCAUUUUGAAUCGAACUCAUAUUAUUAAGAUGGCAUCUUUUUGUAGUUCAGCAAUUAUGGUUUUAAUGUUUUGUUUACGAUUAUGAAUUGUUGGGUUGGUAAGAGAUUUUGUCUAUUUGGGAGUUUCAUAUAUGAUUGUUAUGUUUUUAAAGCAUUUUACGCAGGAUUGGUGGGGUAAAA